AUGAAAAAAACAUCUACAACAACAACAACAACAACAACAACAACAAUGUUGGCCCCUUCAACGAUCUGGUCUCCCACAACGAGCACCACCACCUGGACAAGCCCAACCGCCACCUGGACAAGCCCAUCUACAACAACUACCUUGCCCGUUACUACUGAUCCUCCUACUACAACAACAACGACAACCCCCGUAAUCACCUCUCCACCGCCUCCUACAACCACUCAUAACCCUACAACACAACCACCUGUCCGAACCACCACCACUCUAACCACCCCUUUUACCUCCCUUAUCAGCUCGCCUCCAACAUCCCUCAUCCCCACAUCCCUCAUCCCCACAUCCACAGACCUAAGUGUCGUCCCGAGUUCCACAAAUGGCACUGGCGGCGGGACAGGUGGAGGGAUCCCUAAAGUCGCGGUUAUCGGUAUCGCAGCCGCCGGAGUCGUGGUUAUUGGAGUUGUGUCGAUUGUGCUUGUGAUGAAGAAUAAGCGGCAUAAGCGGCGGCAGCAGGAGUUGGAUCCGAACGAGUUGUUUGGGCCCAGUACGUUGACAAAUAUCACGUCGGGGCAUCAUCAGAAUAAGCAUCAUCAACAUCCCGAUGAUGGCCAGUAUCCGGAGAACCAGUAUGAUGAUGGAGGCGCCCAUCAGCAUGAAAUGGAGCAGUUGUAUCAUAACAGCGACUAUCAUCACCAGAACCAUCAUGGACACCAUGAUGAUGGGCACCAUGGCCAUCAUGGAGGGGAUCAUAAUGGCUACGACCAUGGCGGCGGCCAUGACUCUGGAACGAACCAGGCUCCGGGACAUUAUGACCCUAGCAGCGGCGGUCACCAGGCUAUCGGAAACGACGGCGCCACCGGUAACCAAUACGCACCCAACGGCGGUAACGGCGGCGACUUCCAGGGCGUCGGUCACGGCGCGGGCGACACUGGAAACUACAAUUACGGAGUCGGGCAGGGCCAAAGUGUUGGCGGAGCCGACCAGGGCCAUCACCUCUACGACGGCUACGGAGGUGGUCAUGACACUGGCUAUGGCCACGGUAGCGGCGGAAACGACUUUGGAGGAUACGGUCAAGGACAUGUCGACCCCUCUUCUGGAUACGGCGGUAACGGUGUGAGUGGCGGCGGCAGCAACAUCGGCGUAGCAGGCACAGGAACCGGCGGCAUCGGCGGCUCUCAACCAAUCACAUCCAUCCCCUCAGGUCUCCAAGGCGGAUACGCCCCUUACUCCAUUGGCGCCAUCCCCCCACCAGUGCCCUUCAUCCCCAACCGCAACUCCUCAAACCAUGUCCCCGUCAACCCAGCAAACACCACCGCCCAACAAGAAUCCUACCUCCUCGACUCGACAUCCAUCCCCGCCCCCCCGGGCACCUCCUCAACAAGCUACAGACCCCUCGACCGCUUCUCCUCCAAUGCUUCCCGUAGCACGCAUUACUCUGGCGGCACCGGCGGAGGAAACAGCCCAGUCCCACUACCACCAAUACCCUCUCGCCCCGGGUCCUCAACAAUCGCCCACUCCACCUGGGACAAUUCCACUCAAGAGUUCAGAUCAGACCGACCCCUGAGCCAAACCAGCAUGGCUAGUAGCACAACCGCCGGGGCUUACCACCAAUCGAUCGGGUCGCCCAUCAUGUACCAGGAUUUCAUCCCCCCACCGACCACCAAUAGAGUCACCUCCCCCACGAUCGCCUCCGUCCUCCCCGCAACAACCGCACCCCCAACCGCAGGAGUUCGUCGUUCAGUGGGAGCACCCCAGGACCGUGGUCCCGACUUGGCGUCUGCUUCGGGCGGACAGGCUUCUGACCUCAACGCCUUUGAGCGGAGGUCUCCACAGACCCAGGAGAAUGCUCAGAAUCCGGAUAGUCUAUUUAAUGUCGUUGCUUCUACCUUGCGCCAGCCCCAAGGUGAUGGUCCAUAA